CGAGAUCUGAUCGCAGCAGCUACAGCAACGGCGGCAACGCAACGGCGACGAGAUCUGAUCGCAGCAGCUACAGCAACGGCGGCGACGGCUGAGCAAGCUCCUGAUCGCAGCUAAGACAUUGACGAUGGACGAGAAUCGUGUAGAUGAAGUUUCUGUUGGUUCUGUAGAUGCUCAACAACUCCUGCAAAUUGCAACAUCUUCUGACAAUGCAACAGAAGUUGGAUAUCAGCUGGAAACCUCUAUUUCCACCAACAGUGGCAACAAUGAACAAGAAGAAGGUGUGACAUCAAACAGGUCCGAGUCAGACUACACUAGUUUGGGGUUGGCAUUCAAAACCAUUGAGGAAGCAAAACAAUUCUACAAGAACUAUGCUCACGAUCUU